GCCCGGGGCUGCCGAGAUUUUGUUUCUCUGCAGUUUGUUGUAGCUGAAGAAAAAUGAUGGAAGAGAGUGGAAUAGAGAUGACUCCACCCAGCCCUCCUCCACCAAGUACAGCUGAGGCAAUGGCUGCUGGUAUCACCAUUGCAGCCGCUGGUAUCACCAUUGCAGCCGCCGCCACCACCAUACCUGCCUCUUUAGCUGUGUCCAGUCCUUUCCCUGCUCCAGACAUAUCCUCUUUCCAAUCUUCUCCUCCUCAUUCAUUUUCCACACCUCUAUCACACCCAAUAUCUUCACUUCCUCCUAUGAAGUCAUCAGUGCCUUUAUCAUUUGUGCCUUCAACUAUUGCACCUCCUGUAACUCUUGCCCAACCUUCUGUAACCCCUCCAAUUGCUUCAGCUUUUAGCGGCACUAUGCCUCAUUUAUCAGCACCUCCUCCCGUAAGCUCUAUUCCUGGCUCCAAUUUUUCUGCAUCUCCAACGGCACCCCCAAUUUCAGGAUUUUCCAUGACUUCAUCCUAUGACAUUACCAGAGGUCAUGCUGGGCGAGCACCACAGACCCCGCUGAUGCCAUCAUUUUCUGCACCUUCUGUCACAGGUGUCUUGACAAAUCCUGUUAGUCAACAGACAACUUUCCCAUCUUCUCUGGUACCUGGAACUGGAAGUGGCUCUGCAAUAACUUUCCCAGAAGAGCAUGAAGACCCCACAGUGGCUGCCAUACAGAAUGAAGGAUCUGCUGGAGGCCUCUGGGGAUUUAUAAAAGGUGUAGCUGGGAAUCCCAUGGUAAAGUCGGUGCUUGAUAAAACAAAACACUCAGUAGAGUCCAUGAUCACCACGCUGGAUCCUGGCAUGGCUCCAUAUAUUAAAUCUGGAGGAGAACUGGACAUAGUGGUUACCUCCAAUAAAGAAGUAAAAGUUGCUGCCAUUCGAGAUGCUUUCCAAGAGGUCUUUGGAAUGGCCACAGUUACAGGAGAAGCUGGACUGUCUAACAUUGCACCACAACCUGUGGGCUAUGCAGCUGGAUUAAAAGGAGCUCAGGAAAGAAUAGACAGCUUGCGUCGUACUGGAGUGAUACAUGAGAAACAACCGGCUGUAUCUGUAGAAAAUUUCAUCGCAGAAUUGCUUCCUGACAAGUGGUUUGACAUAGGAUGCCUGAUUGUUGAAGAUCCUGUCCAUGGGAUUCAUCUAGAAACUUUUACCCAAGCAACUCCAGUGCCUCUGGAAUACAUUCAACAGGCUCAGAGUCUUACUCCCCAGGACUACAAUUUAAGAUGGUCGGGUCUUUUGGUGACAGUUGGUGAAGUGCUGGAGAAGAAUUUACGGAAUAUCAAUAGGACUGAUUGGCAUGUGGCAUUCACUGGUAUGUCCCGUCGACAAAUGAUCUACAGUGCAGCCAAAGCCUCAUUCAUUUAA